AUGCAAGAGGCAAGAAAAACCAUGUGCAAGAAAAAUAUUAGAGUUAUGCAACUUGUCAAAUUAUUAGGAAGCCAAGUGGCAACAAGGACAGGCAAGGGUGAUCCGUUAUGCAAAUGCUGCGGGGAAGAACCAGAAACGACUGAACAUGCACUUUUUCACUGCAAAUCUAGAGUGCUGGCUUGGGCAACAUUUCCUGUCUCCUGGGACGGCAUUGAAGAACAUAACUGGAACUUUUGGAAAUGGUGGGAACAUAUGCAGGGUGCCAGAGCAAGAGAGGAUGGGAAUAAACACAUUGAAAUUACAGCAAAUUUCCUCUGGCAAAUUUGGAAGGCAAGAAACGGGUGGAACUUUAACCAGGAUCUAAAAGGAAGUGACCUGAUAUCCAAAAAAACAAUGGAAGAAUGGAUAGAGUUUGAUGAAGCUGGAAGGAAUUCAGAGGUGACCAAUGGUACGGGCCCCCAACCAGAGGACAGACAGAGCAUGUUAGCUGGUCUAAUGGAACAACAUGUUUCCAUUAUGUAUACGGAUGCAGGAAUGAAUCAAACCAGAAUGAAAGCAGGAAUUGGAAUCAUUGCUAAAACUAACAAUGGCAGGAUUCUGACGACUUGGUCUAUCCCGCAGCCAAGAGGUAGAGAUGCAGCUGAAUUGGAGGCUAUCGCUAUUAGAACAGCUCUGAGCAAGGCUAUUGAGGAAGAUAUGACAUCCUUAUUGAUCCUCUCGGACUGCAAAGCAGUGGUGGAUAGGAUCAAUUUAGGAGGCCAUGGUCUAACCUCUCUGGACAUGCUCAUUGAAGACAUAAAGCAGUUGAGUCUUUCAUUCUGGAAAUGCUCAUUCUUUCACAUAAGGAGAGAAUUGAACCUGUGUAGCCAUAGGCUAGCUAAGUUUGCUGUUAACUUGGUACAUGAAACUAGGUGGAAGCAAUCCUUUCCUGUGUGGCUUAACAAAGAAGCCCACAAUGAUUUCCUGGCAGUUGCCAGCCUUUUGUAA